AUGGAGUUAAUUGAUCUUCCAAGUGUGGGCGGUAGAUUUACUUGGUUCAGUGGUGCUGGUAACGCUAUGAGUAGGUUAGAUCGGUUCUUGUUAUCAGACUCCUUAAUUUCCUCAUGGAACCUGGAAAAUCAGCUGGUUGGUAAGAGAAUAAACUCUGAUCACUGCCCUGUGUGGCUGAAGCCUGCGAAUGGUGAUUGGGGCCCUAAACCCUUUCGUUUCAAUAAUGGGUGGUUUAAGCAUGAUGAGUUCAGGUCUUUUGUUGCAGAAGAAUGGAACUUAAUCCAAGUAGCCGGGAGAGGUGAUUUCAUUCUGUAUGAGAAAUUGAAGAAAUUAAAACAGGCUCUAAAGAAGUGGAACAACGAGACUUUUGGCUGGAUAGACCUGAGUAUCGAAGAGAAGAUAAACGAACAACAUGACUUGGAUAACUUUCUAUUAAACAAUAUUGGAAUAGAUGCUGCAGAUUCUGUUGAGUGUAGGAGGAAGGUAGCUGAAGAUCUGUGGAAGAAUAUGGAAUUAAAAGAGUGCAUGCUGCGGGUUAAAUCGGGUCAGAAGUGGUUAAAGGAAGGGGACUCCAAUACAAAGUUCUUUCAUAGCACUUUCAAGGAGCGGAUCUGCAGGAAUUCGUUCAGUUUGCUUGACACAAGUGAGGGGAGGAUUCAAGGACCGGUGGAGGUAAAGAGCUUUAUCCGGAAUCACUUCAAAAAUUUCUUUAGAGAACCCAAAGCUGCUAGACCGAUUCCAGCAGGGGUUGCUUUUAGUAGGCUAAAGGAUGAAGAUGUGGUGAGGAUGGAGAGACCCUUUGAAGAGGCAGAAGUUAAGGCAGCAGUGUGGAUGUCUGAUGGUUAUAAAACCCCUGGGCCUGAUGGAUACACAUUGGCUUUCUUCUAG